UGCUCGCGUCGGUUAGAAGUCACGCGCAUUUGCCCCUGCCGUUGGGUUUCCAAUCCGCAGGGCCCUUCCUGCUGUCACGUGCCAGGGAUGACACCGCCUACCUCUCUCCGUCUCCCCUCUUCGCUCGGUGGGUGGCGCGCGAGCGCAGGUCUUGCACCUGGCUGGUUGGUCGGCCUUUGAAGUGGCUCCUUCGUUACCGGGACAACGGUCGGCCCGCGGUGUCGCUAUUGCCUUUGACAAUGGCAGCUAUAUCCACAUUAUCCUUUGUUUGAAGUGGCCCCUCCCUCCCCCAACUACCACCACAAAGUGACCAGGGACCAUCUUGCUCUGAGGGGAAGAGAGAAGAAAGAAGUGAGACCAAGGCCCACGUAAAGAAGCUUUCUCAAAUGAUGAUGAAGCCCUUAUUAAUAAAAAGUUACCCAAAGAACUUCUUCUAAGUCUAAAUUAUCCUGUGUCAUGAUGGUGUUGGCUUUCAGUCCACAGAAUAUUUUCCUUCUUGGACAUAAUUACUUUGUGUCGAUGUGCACAAGUUUCUAAGUCCUGGAAUGUCUUGGCCCUGGAUGGAAGUAACUGGCAAAGAAUAGAUCUUUUCAACUUUCAAACAGAUGUAGAGUUUGUCACAAACUUGUAUGAAGCAUGGGACUGAUGAUAAUGAAGAAUGAUUUCUUUGUGCACAGAACACAUGCACUGGGGCAGGCAGCUUUCUCAAAAGGUUGACUAUAGAGAAUUGCACCUAAAGGGCCGGGUAUUAGAAAAUAUUUCCAAAAGAUGUGGUGGAUUCCUGAGACAACUAAGUCUGAGAGGCUGCCUUGGGGUUGGAGACUCCUCUUUGAAAACAUUUGCACAAAACUGUAGAAACAUUGAACAUCUAAACCUCAAUGGAUGCACAAAAAUUACUGAUAGUACUUGUUACAGCCUUAGUAAAUUCUGCCCUAGGCUAAAACAUCUGGAUCUCACAUCUUGUAUUUCUAUCACAAACAACUCUUUGAGGAGUUUAAGUGAGGGCUGCCAGAAUCUGGAACUCUUGAACCUUUCAUGGUGUGAUCAAAUUACAAAGGAUGGUGUUGAAGCACUGGUGAAAGGGUGUAAUGGACUAAAGGCAUUAUUUCUUAGAGGAUGCACACAGCUAGUAGAUGAAGCACUUCACCAAAUUGAGACUCACUGCCAUGAACUGGUUAUUUUAAACUUGCAGUCAUGUAUGCAAAUAUCGGAUGAAGGCAUAGCGGGUAUCUGUAGAGGAUGUCACAGACUCCAGUCACUAUGUGUCUCUGGUUGUACAAACCUUACAGAUGCUUCUCUCAUAGCACUUGGUUUGAACUGUCCAAGACUGAAGAUUUUGGAGGCUGCAAGAUGCUCCCAUCUCACUGAUGCCGGUUUUACUCUUCUAGCACGGAAUUGCCAUGAACUAGAAAAGAUGGACCUAGAAGAAUGUGUUCUGAUAACCGAUAAUACAUUGAUACAACUUUCCAUUCACUGUCCUAAACUGCAAGCACUGAGCUUGUCCCACUGUGAACUGAUCACAGAUGAUGGGAUUCUUCAUCUGAGUAGCAGCACAUGUGGGCAUGAAAGACUACAGGUACUUGAGUUGGACAACUGCCUUCUAAUCACCGAUAUGACUCUAGAGCACCUUGAGAACUGCCACAACUUAGAGAGAAUUGAGCUAUAUGACUGUCAGCAAGUCACCCGUGCAGGCAUCAAAAGAAUAAGAGCUCAUCUACCAGAUGUGAAAGUUCAUGCUUACUUUGCUCCAGUAACUCCACCUCCUUCUGUAGGAGGCACUCGACAGCGACUCUGCCGCUGUUGCAUUAUUCUUUAGAUGAAGAGCUGUGCUGAAGAUUGAGAGCUGUUUGAUGAACGAAAGAAUGACUGGGUGUAUCUAGAACCCAUGGAAGUAAUGCUCUAUCUUAAAUCAUCCCGUUUUGUAUUGAUCAUGAUUUCAAUGCAGGUUUAGAUAAAUUAUUAUACAGAGAUACAGCAAUAUUGGCAUUCUGAUUGAUGUCUAUUUUAGCACUUUUGCUGUUGCAAUGCCAAAAUAGUACUAAGUGGUUUGGUGAAUUAAGGAAUUCGGCUGGCUGAAGAUGUUAAAUACCAACAGUAAAUCCCUACUAUAUAAGUGGUAGCUCAAAUGUAAGUAUUAGACAAUCAGGAAAAAGUAAACUAGAAGAUAUAGCAAAGAUGUAUUGAAGUGCUAGAACAGAAUUUCAUGAAAUCUUCAACUAAGAGCAUAAUUCAGGAAAAAGUUAACCAUGUUUUUAAACAAAGGCUACAAACAACCUCAUUUGUUGAACAAACCAGUUUGUUUUGUGAAGUGCAGCUUUAAGCAGAUUACCAAGUUCUUCAGGAUGCAGUUAUUUAAGCAGAACCCUUCAAGUAUCACAGAACAUUUGUCAGCCAUAUGUUGUCAAAGCAAGCAAAUACAGUACUUCCUAAAUAGGACAGAUCUUUAAGAAAAUUUGGGAGUUAUAUUUGCUCUGAAAAUUUUGUUGGAGGAAAACAUACCUGCAUCAUCCCAGAUUCUCUUCUCUCAUAUAUAAAGGUAUUUGGGACAUCAUCUUUACCUGGAUACUCUUAGUGCCAAAGAACUCCCCAGAAGCGUUUUCAUUAUGGCAGAGGCUUCUAGCAUGUUCCCAACUAGGUUCCUCCAGAUGUUGCUGAACUACAACUCCCAUAAUACCCAGUUAUAAUUUAUUGUGGCUUGAAAUGCUGGGAGUUGUAGUUCAGAAACAUCUGGAGGAACCCUGGUGGGGAACCACUGCCCUAGCCUUUAGCAGUGGAAUGAUUCUUGGCUAGGUCCUUCCUUGCUAAGAUACAGCUGCAGGACAGAGUAGGUGGUGAACAAGUAGUACUAUAGUUGGAGAGGACGCAGCACACCCUGGUUGAUCACCUCAAACAUGACAGAUUUCAUACUCCAAAUGCAAAAACAGUACCAACAUGAGGAAAAUUACUCAAAGCAGUCCUACUGAAAUUAAAAAGGACAAGUUAGGCCAUACCUAACUUGUCAUUUUAAUUUAAGUGGGAUUAUGUGGAGGAUUUUCCUCGUGUUAGCCAUUGUCUGCAAUUAGUUGUGUACACUGGCUUCACUGCUUUGAACUCAGCAUAGGCAGGAUGUGUUAGCUACUGGAUCGACUAAGGUAGCAUUUCUGUAAGAUUGUCGAGUUAAGAUAUGUACACAUUCUUAUGCAACUAAUGUGUAACUUUUUUCUUAAAGAUCAUACAACUAGUUUUACUCCAAGCUAUUUCUUUAAUGUUCUUUAAGCAUUUUGAUAACACAGUUCUAUUUAAAUGAUUCAAUUCUGCCAAGGUUCAAGACCUCUAAUUCUGAAGGUAUUGCUUGGAAUGUAUUGUAAAAGAGCUUUAUAUUAAUGUCUUUAGGACUAUUUUAGAGCAAGAUUUGAAAUGGGAACUACUUAAAUAAUUAAAUAUGAGAAAAGGAUAUACUGCACUGAAAGCACCAAUAAUAGAAAAUUCUUCAACUAUUCUUCAACUUCUAUAGUGGCAUAUUCUAUUGCAGCACAUAACUGUUAAAAUUUGCUAUUUGUCUAUGGUAAUGUAAGCUGUCAAUGAAAAAUAUUAAUAGCUUGUCAAAUGAAA